AUGGGGGCAGUUGGUGUCUGAGGGCGAAGAGUUGACCCCCACUUCAUCAGCUGUUCCUGGCGGCGGCGAGAUACAUUCCUCUGUCGGGAUCGGCAAGACGAUCGGAGGCGGUGAAAGGUGCGCAUAGCGGCAUAGGUAUCUGGGUGCUGAAGGGUUGCUGCUGCUACCGUGGUAGAUCGCGAAAAAGGGUGCGCAUGGGGGCAUAGGAAAUUCUGCCUUUCCUCCCUGUCAACUCGCCCCUGGGCUCUGCCUCGAGCGCCCGUCGGUCGGAAUCCAGUAAGAACCAUAUCUGGAUACAAUUUGACUCGCGGCACAUACUCGUCUCGUCUCUCUCUCUCUCUCUCUGUGUCCGUCUCUUGCUUUUCCUCGCUCUCUCGUGGUCUCCAAUCCUCCCAAAUCGAAUCAUCUCUAGGGCCUGGGGCUUUCGUCAUUGGCUGCCUCAGCUUCCCUUGCCUGUCUGUUUCUUCCUCAGUUGUACGUGAGACACAUAUAUAUAUAUAUAUAUAUAUAUACACACUGAUGUAAGAUGGCAGGCGAAGGGGGUUUGGAGGAUUACGACGCAGAGGAGGGGAGGGAAGAGCUAGUAGAUUUCGAGUGUUCGGAUUUUGAAUUCGACAAUGAGGAGGAGGAUGCAGAGAUUGGGACCGGUGAAGAGGAGGUGAUGACUGGCAAGGCGGGGUCGUCAUCGGACAAAGGAGGAGGGGCAGGAACACAGGAAGCAGCAGUGUCAGCAUCGACGACGGUGGCUGUCGCGGCCACGCCAGCAGCAAUAGCAGUUCCGGACGAUGAAGAGGAGGGAGGGGAAAAGGGUGUAGUAGGUGAUCUCUCUGGCCUUUCUCCUCACAGACGUGUACGUCCUCCCCCGGAGGAUGACGACGACGAUUCGCGACCCUCGUCUCCAGGCUGGAGACGUGCUCGUGGGUCUUCCCGCGCGAGAGAUGGUGAUGAUGAUGAUGAUGAUGAUGCUGACAAGGAUGAAGGGAUAGGUGUCUACGUGGCAGCAGGUGGUUCGGUGACGUGUCCCAAAGGAGAUGAGGUUACAACCGCCGCCCCCGAUUCUCAGCAGAACGGUGAUAGUGCUCUCGAUGUCCCGAUUGCGGAGCAAAGUGCUUCGGCGGAGGGUGACAGGAGACGAGCGCAUGAUGAUGUCGUGAAUGUUGUUGUUAUUAAGGUUAACGAUGAUGAUGAUCGUGGUGCACAUCACGCCGUCGGGUCGACGUCUCCCGGCAGUUCUGGCAGCUCUGGGUUGGCGUGGGAAAAGCACUCCUCUGAAGAAGAGGAUGAUGAUGUCGCGAAUACCAUGCAGUUGGAGUCUUUGGGGGGACCGAGAGAAGAAGCGUCUUUGGCGGAAGCAAGCAACGUUGAUGGACAGGAAGGGAAACCAGUGGAUGAGGCUCAGAUUACGGAAGGUACGGAAGAAACUAAUGUAAAAGGUGUUGAGCGUGAGGAUGGUGGUGCAACUAACGAAGAUAAGCUUGUUGAAUAUAAUAAGCGUGGUAAUGAUGGUAAUGCUAAUAAUAUCGAUGAUGGAGAUGAUGAUGAUGAAGACGAGGACGACGAGGAGUCUGGACGACGUGGCCGGAAAAGGAGGAAGGAGAGAUUUGCUGCGGAAAGGAAGAUUGAAGCUGAGGAUCUGGAGAGAGAAGAUCAGUACUCCCUUGCUGCAAGGAUGAAGAGGCUGAAAGGCACUAAGUGGGACGGUUCCUUGGAAGCUGCAAAUCUGGCCUUAGCGGCAGGCGCAGCUGGAAUGAUGGUAAACCCUGGCGAGCUUCAUGGAAGGGGUGCUAUGGGAAGAGGAAUCAUGGGCCCAGGAAGACCACCUGCACCACUAGGUGCCAUUGGGAGAGGUGGUCCCCUUCAGGGCUUCAUGCCAGUGCCUGGACCAGGAGGACAUCCUUUGCGUCCCUUUGAUCCUGGAUUUGCAAGUGCACAAUUUGAGAUGCAGGAGCUUAUGGCGCAGCAGCGACUGAUGGGGGGCGGUCCAAAACCUGCAGAUUUGGCUGCAUUGCAGGCUGGAAGAGGAGGUGGAAGAGGACUCGGUGGGCCUGGCCCUCCGUUUGUUGGGAUGCCAUCGGCCCUGGGACCGGUCCCUGGUGGACCUCGCCCUGGUGGCUUUGAGAUGUAUGCAGCUGGACCGGGAAUGCCACCAAGAGGGGUUCCAGGUGCCUUCUCCCGACCUGGUCUCGUCGCGGAGCAGAUGUUAGGAAUGGGCCCAGGAAGUUUUGCAUUUCUUGGCCCUGGGGCUGGCCCAUUUCCGAUGUGCAUGUCUCCUCGAGGGAUUGGCAUGAGGCCUGGAGCGCCGUUCCCGGGAAUGCUGGACGGACCGUGGAUGGGAGGAAUGGCUACCGGUGGUCCUCCUGGCAAAGGGGGACCGGCAAUGCCAGUGGGGAUGGGAUGGGAAGAGAAUGUGGCGGGGGGGGCAGGUUCAUCUCCAACGAACCCUCCCAAAGGAUCGAACAGAACGUUUCCUGAGGGCACAAACAUUGGCAAUGCAGCCAUGAUGGGUGUCCUUGACCCCUCGCUGCAGAACAGAACAGACAUGCAGCGGCGCGCAGACAUAGAGCGCCAUGGUGGUGGAGUUGCGCAGAGAAGGAACGAGGUAGGGAGGAUCGAGAACCGAAGAGGGCCUGAAAUGCAUGACAUGGCGCGCGGGGAGUUGGGAAGGGUCGUGGAGAUGGGACGUAUGGACGUAGGAAAUCGUUUCGACAUGGCCAGAGCAGGAAUCGGGCGUGGCACUUUCGAGAUGAGGAAUGAUGUGGGAAGAGGAGAUGUAGGGAGGAGUGACUAUGGGAGGGUGGAUCUCAGAAAGGGUGAGUUGAUGAGAGGUGAUAUCGGGAGAGUGGCGGAACCGCCAAGGGGUGAUUAUGUUGGAAGGGGAGAAUUGCAGAGACUUGGGAUGGGCGUGAGCGAUGCGGGGAGAGUGGACAUGGGGCGCUUAGAUAUGCGCAUGAUGGAUGUGGAAAGGGCUGAAUUGGCCCGAAUGCAAUCGGGCAGGGGGGGGGAAUAUGGGAGGAGUGAAAUGAUGAGAAUGGCAGAAAUGGGUUCUGUAGGUGGAGAGCGAAAGGGUGGUGGAGGUGGUAGCAGUCGGGCACCUACAAGACAAGAAAGAGGAUCGGAGAAUGGGAAGGGGGGUCAUGAUGGAGGCCGCAAUCGGCAUCUUGCCACAGGAAGCAAUCUUAUUCAGCUUGGCGGCCCAGUCACAAAGAGCAGGACGUUAGUGGUUAGUAAUAUUGGGAAAGAUCUCAAGGGCUCGUCGAUUGCCAAGACUUUCGCAACCUCAGGUGAUGUGACGAGCGUUAAUAGGCUUCCAAAUGGGAAUUUGCUCGUUUCGUAUUCUUCUGUUGCUGAAGCAGUUGCUGCCAAGAGGCACUUUCACAGGAGUGUGUUAGGCGGCAGUGAGAUUACGGUCGAAUACGCGGUUGGUAAUCCUGUAUAGGUCAGAAUGAGGCUUGCGUGCAGCCACAAGAAAGGCUCUCCCAGUUCAAUUUUGCCUCUUGGUGUAUUGAUUGGUUGUUAGAAGGCCUAGUAGAAGCUGAGACUCCUUCCCCACCCUUUGUUAUCCCCCUCCCUCCACUCUCCCCCCCCCCCCUCCCGUCUCCCAAUCCGCUUCCCUUACCCCUGUUUGGGGUGUUCGUGCCAGUGUACAAGGGUUAUGUGGGUGCCUGAGAGAUGGUGCCAGGGUGGAAUUUCAGUUGUGUAAGGUGUGGUGGGGUUUCGCAUGUCAGUGAGCUGUGUCGUGAGCGAAGAGGGUACAAUAGGACUCUGGAAGAAUUGCUGUGAUGAGGGUAAUGAUAUAAGUCUGGAGGAAUCUCGGCGAUGUCCAUAGCUUAAUGUAAUUCGACGUUAUGAAUGAAACGAGUGUUAAUCACUCAAUGAAAUGGUAAUGAAUGA